AUGGUGGAGCUUGACGACGCUGGCCUCCUCUCGGUCGCGUCGCCCCUCGACUUCGGCGCCAUAGUCGUGCGUGGCCCUGCGUGGGACCGCGACGAUGCCGACGGUGGCUCUGGCAAGAAGGGUGAGAUCCAUGUCCCUGGCAAGCAAGUGUUGUACACGUGGAUGACCACCGUCCUGUGCGGCAGCGCGGGCGGCCGUGCUUGCCCCCAGGGCUUCUUCAACGGCGGCUGGUGGAUCGAUCGCAGUUGCUGGGCGAUCUUCGCGGAGUACGACAACGAGGGGUCCUUCUAUCGCUGCGGCGACGAGGGGAAGUGGGACCUGGCGAAGAUCGCUGGCAUGCGCACGCUCGGCGACACGGAGCGCAUCCUCUCGGUGGUCCAGGUGCGCGACGUGUGCUGCCAGCUCUUGCGCGAGCACGAGUUCGACUUCAAGCUGGCGUUCCAGCAGGGGAAGUCGGUCAGCGCCGAGACGCUGGUCGCCUUGAAGUUGCAGGUCGGCCAGUGGGCGGAGGCCAGCAUCGAGGCCAUCAUGAAGGAGCACGCGCAGUCCGUGAUCAACAGUGGCCCGUUGUCCUUCAGCUUGUCGGGGAUAAACCCGUCGCAGGGCCUCGAGGGCAGCGUGGACCUGCCCAAGAAGAAGCGCCUGCUGGGCAGGAACAGCAGCGCGGGCGAGAAGGGUGUCAAGCUGCUGCAGCCCAAAGUGCAGCCCGCCGGGGCGGUGCAGGCGGAACGCCGGGAAGAGGGCGCGGUGCACCUGGCCACGUACAAGUCGUACUUCAUGGCCGUAGGGCCGUGGACACUGGUGGUGCUCUGCGUGGCCCUGAGCGGCAUCAUGUUCUUCCAGAACUGCUGCAACCUCUGGAUCGCCUACUGGACGACCGAGGACAAGUCGAAAGCCCUGAUGCACAGCUGGGUGACGCUCUUCCUGGGCCACGAGCCCUCGGCGGCAGGCACGUUCCUGGGCGUCUACGGGUUCCCGAGGAAGACCCGUUCCGCGAGUACGAGAUGUACGCCACUGUCGCAGGUGGUCCUCUUCACCGUGUCCAACUUCGCCGGGCACGGCAUCGAGAUCGUUGGCGGCGUGAACGCCUCGUGGAAGAUCUUCCAAGACGCCCUCACCGGGACCAUGCGGCGCCCUUUCCGCUGGUGGGACGCCAACCCGCCCGGCCGCGUGCUGAACCGCUUCUCCGAAGACGUCAACGUCAUGGACAACGCGAUCACCAACAUCCUGGGCGUCAUAUUCGGAGCGGUGCUGUAUUUUGUCAGCCACCUCAUCGUCCUCUCGCUGGCCAACCCCUACUCCCUCCUGCUCCUGCCCUUCAUCGGCUGCGGCCUGGAGUACUUCGCGAAGUACUACCGCACCACGGUGCGCGAGG